AUGUGUACACUCAAAUUUUUGACUUCGCCAACCGUCCAGAAUGCUAUCGAGAUCGCAUGGAACCCUCGUGCCGAACAGUCCCUCAAAUCACAAGCGUUCGACUUCCUCAACCAGCUACGCUCCGAACCGCAAGGAUGGCAAAUCUGUUUUUCGCUGGCUCUGCGAGACCCGAAGCCUUCAGAGGUGGUCCGCCAUGUCUCACUCGACAUUGUCAACAAUGCUAUAGAAGCUGGACAUCUAGUGGACCAAGAUAUGAUUUCAUUGAGGGAUAACAUACUUGCAUACAUGCAGAACACCUAUGGCGCUGCUGGCAGCAGCAACGUCCAGCUUGAUCCUGUAUCCAUCCAGAACAAGAUUACACAAACCGUUACGAACCUCUUCACGGCGUUGUAUGCUAAUCAUUGGACGUCUUUCUUCCACGAUAUCCUGAAUCUAACUUUAACCACUGGUUCGACCUCAAGGGACAAUGCGGCAGGGGUCAUGCUGUACCUUCGCAUACUGGUUUCCGUGCAUGACGAUAUUGCAGAUGUUCUACUACCGAGAACACCCGAAGAACAAAGAAGAGAUAAUGAUCUCAAGGAUCUAGUAAGACAGCGGGAUACGGCGAUGAUCGCGUCUUCAUGGCAUGAAAUUCUGGAGCAUUGGAGGUCUAGAGAUGACUCUAUUGUGAAGCUUUGUCUAACAACAAUCGGAAGAUGGGUCACCUGGACAGAGAUUUCAAUGGCCGUUAAUGAUUCUCUGCUUAGUCUACUCUUCGAGUUCCUAAACUCCCAGCAGUACUCAGAUGGUAAUGAACCAAUUCAGGAGAGGAGGGACGCCGCAAUCGAAGCCUUCAUCGACAUCUUGAGCAAGAAAAUGAGCGCCAGCGACAAGCUUGAAUUGGUCGACGUUCUCAAGGUUAAUGAAGCUGUUACGCAACUUGUAGGAAGCCGAGAGUUGUCCGAAAUGCGCUCCACUGCAAAUUACGACACUGAUCUUGCGGAAGGUGUUGCUAAGCUGGUUAACAACGUUGUCUGUGAUAUCGUCAAAGCUUUGGAUGGUUCACAAGGCAACGACUUGGUAUCGCAGCGUGGGAGUGCACAACUUAAGACCUUCCUGCCGCAUGUAUUGCACUUUCUCUCGGACGAGUACGACGAGAUAUGUUCUACGGUAAUCCCUUGUUUGACCGACCUCCUUACAUUAUUGCGCAAGAAAGCCAAGCCCAGCAGUACCUUGGCUUCUGAGGGCUCUGCCAUGUUACCCCUUAUUCUUGAUGUUGUAAUUUCAAAGACGAAAUAUGAUGAAACUUCAUUUUGGGGCCAAGACGAUGCUCAAACGGAUGAGGCAGAAUUUCAAGAGCUUCGAAAACGACUGCAUGUUCUGCAGAAAGCCGUCGCCGCAGUAGAUGAGAACAUGUAUAUAGAGAAGAUCAGGAAUGUUGUCGUGUCAACGUUCGAUAGGUUCCAGGGCCAAAACGGUCAGCUUGACUGGAGGGAUCUCGAGCUGGCUAUGCACGAGAUGGAGCUCUUUGGAGAGCUGGGCUACAGACAUGGUGGACUCUAUAGCAAGACAAAACCGGUCACACUAGCUGCUGAGCAACUCAUCGGGAUGAUGUUCAAGCUUGUCGAAACAGAUGUCGCUUCAUUCUCUCAUCCAGCCGUCCAGCUGCAGUAUAUGAUCAUCUGCGAACGGUAUUACAGCUUCUUCGAAGCAAAUCCCCACCUCAUCACUCGUGUGCUGGACAGCUUCGUACGGUUUGUACAUCAUGAUCAUAUCAAGGUCAGGUUGCGAUCAUGGUAUCUUUUCCAUAGGUUUGUUAAACACGUACGACAACAUACUGGAAGCAUCGCUGAGACCGUAAUUCAAUCUCUGAGUGAUCUGCUCCCAAUCAAUGCUGAGUUGCCAGAAGAGACAUCCGAGAACGACAACGAGGACAUGUCAUCAACCGAAAACGAUCAGUCAGCUGUCGCAAGAUUCAAUAGCCAGCUCUAUCUGUACGAGACCAUCGGUUGCAUCUGUUCCGCACGUUCCAUUCCAGUGGAAACCCAAGUUCUGCUCGUUAGAUCAGUCACCCACCCGCUGUUCUCGGAUUUGCAAGCGCACAUUGACCGAGCGAAAGCAAGAGACAAACGAGCGAUCCUCCAAGUACAUCAUUUGAUUAUGGCUUUGGGCACCCUCGCUCGUGGAUUCUCGGAUUAUAUGCCGGCAGCGAAUCCAACUACUGCCUCCCCACCCGCAAGAGUGAUAUCUGAAGAAUUUGCCAGGUCGGCCGAAGCCAUACUUGUUGCGUUGGAGGGCCUCAGAUCUUCGUUUGACGUUCGCGAGGCGGCAAGGUUUGCGUUCUCCCGACUUCUGAAUGUCCUGGGCAGUCAGAUCCUGCCCCAAUUACCCAGGUGGAUUGAUGGUCUUCUGUCCGAAAGAUCGACCAAAGACGAAAUGGCUCUGUUUAUGAAGCUCCUUGACCAAGUAGUCUUUGGUUUCAAAUCAGAGAUUUAUGAUAUACUGAACACCCUUCUCACGCCUUUUCUGCAACGGGUCUUCGCCGGCAUCGCAGAGCCAGUAGCUGGCACAGACGAUGAGAUCCAACUUACAGAGCUGAAACGUGAAUAUCUUGCAUUCUUGUUGGUCAUACUCAAUAACGGUCUGGAGUCAGUACUUGUGAGUGAGGUUAACCAACCCACUUUUGCGACCGUCAUCUCAACCAUUGAACACCUCACCAAAGAUAUCACGGACUUCCAAACGGCCAAGUUAGCCUUCUCAGUCUUGACUCGCAUGGUCUUCACGUGGGGCGGCCCAGACUUGCAACUGCAAUCUCCAGCCAUUGGGAAUGUCAAUGCUUCUUACGGAAAUCCUCAACCGAAACUCCCUGGUUUCGAUCGCUUCAUGAUGAUUACAAUCUCACCUACAUGUUGGGCAAUUCCAAGCAACCCAAAUUUUGACCCCAAGGAUGCACAGGGCAAGCAAGUGCUCGGCGAGGCCGCGGCCCUUCAGAUGGCUAUCUACACGAAGACCGGUCAGGAGUACCUUACCUGGCUAAGGGAUGCAGAACUGAGUGGGAUGGGAAUGGAUAGUGGCACGAUUGAUGAGUAUCUACGGGCAUUAUGCACCUCGGACACGAAAGAGUUCCAACAGUUCUUCAAGGAUCUAGUUUUGAGAAGCACUAGAUGA